UAGCUCCCGGUUCAGUCCACAGCUGAUCGAAUCAAGUCAAAAGAAGACAUCACUUCGUGUCCAUAACAAGAGACAAACUCAGAAAGGCAAAGCGAAAUGGGCAGCAUGGAGGAAGCGCUGCUGCUGAAGCCGCCACCGUCGGUGGUGGUGUGCCACCACGCUGCGGCGGCUGAAGCGGCGGCGGAGGCGUGCCACCACGACGGGUGCCCUGGCUGCGCCAUGGACCGGAGGAAGGUAAGCCUCCGAGGAAGCAUCCCCUACAAGGAGCUUUUCUACGUCGGCGCCACCUCACUCGCCGCAUCUCUUCCAAUUACGUGCCUCUUCCCCUUCAUGUAUUUUAUGGUUAGAGACUUCCACAUUGCUAAAACAGAGGAAGAUAUUGGAUCCUAUGCUGGUUUUCUUGCUGCUUCAUACAUGAUUGGUAGAGGCAUUACUUCGAUUUUCUGGGGCAUCGCCUCAGAUCGUCUCGGCCGGAAGCCUGUGAUUGUCUUUGCAAUGCUAUCUGUGGUCAUACUUCAGACACUCUUCGGCUUAAGUACAAAGUAUUGGAUGGCGAUUGCGGCAAGACUUCUUCUAGGUUCUCUAAAUGGUAUACUUGGACCAGUUAAGGCUUAUGCCAUUGAAGUUUGUCCAACUGAACACCAAGCUCUUGGGAUCUCAAUUGUGAACACCAUGUGGGGUUUUGGUGUUGUUAUUGGUCCAGGACUUGGAGGCUACCUUUCGCAGCCUGCUGAAAAAUAUCCACAAAUAUUCUCCAAGGAGUCAGUUCUUGGGAGAUUCCCAUAUCUCUUACCUUGUCUGGCUGUAUCAUUCUUUGCUGCUGUUGUUUUGAUAAGUUGUAUAUGGCUUCCGGAAACUAUACAUAAACAUAAAAUUACUGAAAAGGAUAUCAGGAUAGUCAAAGCCUUGCCAUCGCAGAAGUCUCAUUGGGAUCUGCCUCGUAAGAGAAGUUUGCUCCAGAAUUGGCCAUGGAUGUCAACUUUGGCAUCAUAUUGUUUGUUUGGUCUUCAUGAAACAGCAUACAGUGAGAUACUUUCCAUAUGGGCAGUAAGUGACAGAAAGUACGGUGGUCUUACCUUCACAUCUGGAGAUAUUGGUCAGGUUCUUUCAAUGGCAGGUGCUAGUCUUCUUGUAUAUCAGCUUUUCGUUUAUAGUUGGGUUAUUAAAAUUCUUGGGCCACUCAUUUCCUCACGUAUUGCUUCAACCUUAUCCAUUUUUCUCCUCGCUACAUUCCCCUUUAUGACAUACUUGUCUGGAGCAAAACUUUCUUUCGCACUUUACUCUGCAGCUAUGACGAAGAGUGUACUUGGAAUUACUAUUAGCACAGGAAUGUGCCUUCUUCAGAACAAUGCUGUGCGUCAAGACCAAAGAGGCACCGCAAAUGGCAUAUCGGCAAGUGCCCUGUCCUUUUUCAAGGCAAUUGCUCCAGUAGGGGCAGGUGUUCUAUUCUCGUGGGCACAAAAACGUCAGGAUGCCACCUUCUUCCCAGGUGACCAAGUGGUGUUCCUGAUGCUGAUAUUGGUGCAGAUAUGUGGACUCAUAUCAACCUUCGAGCCUUUUCUGGUCUUGCCUCCGGUUGAAGAAUGUAGCUAGCCAGAUUAGAGGAGAAAAAAAUUGGUUACCAUGGCACAAGUUCAUAGACAUGUUAAGUGGUCUAGUUAGAUUGUUAAGCCAACAGUUACGUACGUGGCAAAAUAAUAUUCAACACUUGGCAGUAAAUUCGGUGAGGAUGCCUAGUUAGAUCGAAGUGAAAAGCCCAUUUGAAGAUGAUCGUUGAUCAGGUCAACCUUUUCAUGGGUUACUAGCGAGUGGGUUGCUAGUUUCUCGCAAGUAGACACCACACUAUCAGAUACAGCAACAGUUACGUCUGUGGCAAAUGGUAUUUUCCACGCCAAGCUGUGCGAAGAGUUCAAGGCUCAAAAUGCAAAACACGCAGAUCUCGCAAGUAGUCGUUGUUUUGGGUGGGUGGUGAGGCCGGCUCCGUCUGUGGACGCCUGGCGCAAAAGCCUUUCCCUGUACUGGAUGAUGUCUUUUCUCCUUUCAAGCUUAAUACAAAACACGCAGACUUCCU